AUGACGGACUGUCUUGGCAACUCUAGCAGCUCCACUGUGGCCUUGGACGAGUUGACAGAGGAUGAUGGAGUGCUGUCAGAGGACAAUGAGGAUGAUGAGGAUGAGGAUGAUGUUGAAGUUCUGCCACAGAGCUAUGACAAUGAGCUGGAGUUUUCGAGGCGCACUGACGUAGCUGCUGCUGCUCAGCCCCACAUCUCGCAGCAGGAAUACGACCAGCUAAAUAAUUGCAGUAAGGACUUCCAGCUUGUGCUGGCAGUCAUUAUGAGGUCACACCGGAAAGACCAGAAUUUCCUCACAGCAAUCCGGACUUGCAUUUCCAACGAAAUGCUCUCCAGUGUUGAUAAUGAUCAAACGGAACCCGUCAAGUUCACAGCAGUCAGAGCAGACCCACCUGUGACCAUGCCAACAAAGGAAGAAACAAAAGCAGCAGCUGCGUCAGCAGGAUAUGCAGUGUCUCCAUCCAGCCUUACUGCAACAAAUCCAUGGCCACUUGGACAGCAGUUAGAACAACUGGAACUAGGAACAACCGAAACCGAAUCAACUAUGCCAGCACUUCGUACUUAUUCAGAAAUGCUCUCCAGUAUUGAUAUUGAGCAAACGGAACCCGUCAAGUUCACAGCAGUCAGAGCCACAAAGCUGGAACCAGGAACACCCGAAGCCAAAUCAACUAUGCCAGCACUUCGUACUUAUUUAGAAAUGCUCUCCAGUGUUGAUAUUGAGCGCAUUGAACCCGUCAUGGUCAGAGCUGAGAGAACAGACCCAUCUGUGACCAUGCCAACAAAGGAAGAAACAAAAGCAGCAGCUGCGUCAGCAGGAUAUGCAGUGUAUCCAUUCAGCCCGACUGCAACAAAUCCAUGGCCACUUGGACAGCAAUUAGAACCACUGGAACUAGGAACAACCGAAACCGAAUCAACUAUUCCAGCACUUUGUACUUAUUCAGGUGUACAACAACCUAUUACUCUGCAGCCCGGUACAGCCUUAGCUUGCUCCUCUACUGAUAGAUCACCAUCAUCAAUGUCAGGCCCUUCUACCACGGCAGAGACUACAUUUGGUCUUAGCCAGACCUGUUUGAGUGCACCCACCCAAGCCACUACAACACAUCGCAUUGCCAGCUCAGCUGAGACUAGCACUGGCAGCUUUACAGCUGAUGGUAAUGCUGCUAGUUAUGACCGAAGAAAGCACGCCAAAUCCACUACCUCGUCCACGGUCUCCGCCAUUGCUUCCGCCACACGCGCCACGCACGCCACGAUCAGCUGUUCCAUCAGCUGGCUGAGCUCGACCAGCGCCGUGAGCAAUUCCUCCGCGCAGCGCGAGCGGAGCACGUCCACGAACUGGCUGCGCUUGCCCUCGCCCUAA